AUGACUGAUAUGUAUUAUCAACAGCAGCAACAGCAUGUCUCUCUCAACACACCAAUUAAAAAGAUUAGAAAUCUAAAUUUGAAUUCAUCACCACUCAAUUAUGAUGACAUGCAUCAAGACCAACAUAAUCAGCAUUACCUCCCUCAUGAAGAGCAUUUUCCACCUUCUGCUCUACCGCCACAACCCCAACCGCCAACACAGCUCUAUCCAAGUCUAGACUUACAAAAAUCACCAACGGAAUCAUCGAUGUUAAACAAGGGAUAUUCGCAUAAAUUGACCAACAAUGUGCUUUCAGAAUUACACAAGCGAGCUCAACAAAUAACCACGGGAAACGCUAACGGCAACGGUUAUUCUCAUUCUUCAAAUUCUUCACCACUGUAUGGAUUGGAGGAUCAAGUCAGUCAACGAAGAAAUAAACGGUACAGUGGAUUACAUAUGACAAAGUUCAAACAAAUGGAGUCGAUAUCGCAUCAUUACUCAGUACACAAUCGGAACAAAACUCCGUCGCCACAGAAGCUAGGACUGGAUGAUCUGCUGGCAAGUGCGAGUGCAACUGCUACUGAUAAAUACGACACCAUUGAAAGCGCAAGUAAACGAAGACGUACCUUGAAUGGAGCCAACGAAAUCAUGGCUAUUCCCAUUUUACAUCAACAACAAAACCGACAAUCUCAACACCCCACCGAGAAUCGUAAAAUUUCUCCAAACAAGAUAUCACCCAGUAAAGCAUCAUAUAAUUUGAAUUCAAUAUUGAGACAGACUACUGAUACCGGUUCGCCAAACAAGGAAAUUUGGGCACCACCAGCACCACCAAAGAAGUUGCCACAAUUGAAAAAACGCCCUAGCUCGUUAGAAAUGGCGGGUGUGAUUAACUCAUCACCUACUAGGUACAAUGAAACUUGUUCGGGAACAUUGAACUCGCUGACGUUACACAUGGAUAAACCAGUGAGUAGCCAGGGAUCUAGUAUAUUACAGGAGCCUAGUAAAAUUUCCAAUACUGGCAGCGGUUUUGAAGCAAAUACAGGACAACAGCAUAGCCAUGGUAAUAGUAAGCCUUGGCUGAAUACACCAUCAAGUUCAUUCGUCAAGCCUAAUGUUCCUAAAAAACAACAGUUGCAAAAGAAACCACUGAUACCCCAAUUACAAAAGAAACCACUGAUACCCCAAUUACAAAAGAAAUCACUGAUACCCCAAUUACAAAAGAAACCACUGAUACCCCAAUUACAAAAGAAACCACUGAUACCCCAAUUACAAAAGAAACCACUGAUACCCCAAUUACAGAAAAAGACAAGUAUUUCUCAAUUACAAAGAAAACCUCUGAUACCCCAAUUUCACAAUAAUGAGCAAAGCAAUAGAGUUGCCUCCUCACCAUCGUCAUUGCCACCAUCAACAUCACAGACUGCUAUGAAACCUCCCACAUCCACAAACCUUCAUCACCACAGCAAGACUCUACAACAAUCAAGCAAAUACCAUCCACAAGAGGUUCCCAUGCAACCGUCGAUUUCACGCAUGAGUCCAUCAAAAUCGUUCUCGUCGUUUAAACUGCAUUCCCAACAUGGUGGUGGUGGUAAUGGUAACGGUAAUGGGCUAUACAACACUAAGCACCACCAACCACAAUCGAUAAAUAACAGUGCCAGGAAAGUCGAAACAACAAGAACAGCAGCGACAACACUACCUAAAUCGAAAUCAAUUACUAUUCCUCAACCAUUUUCGUUGUAUGAUAAGCCAACAAUUUCAUCAUCGCAAAAAUCAUUGAGUAAGUAUCAACGGUUUAAAGAAAAAUUUAAUUAA